CGGGCCUUUUGCUCCACGUCUGCUCCUACGUGGAGCAAAAGGCAUGCUGACAGUGCCGUCCGCGGAAUACUUCCGCGGACGACUCUGUCAGUUUCAGGGAAUUUAUUCCCUGUAUCGAGACAGGGAAUAAAUUCCCUGACCGAGGCAGGUCAAUUGUUGACCUGCCUCGGUCUGUGUUACCGUCCGCAUAAAUGUUAUGCGGACGGUAAUACUAUAAAUUGAGGGCUGAGCCCCAUUUUUUUUCCAAAGCCAAAAUGUUGAAAAAAAAUGGGGCUCAGCCUCUCAUCCCCCACCUCCCCCUAUUCUAUAUUUGUUAGUUUGUUAUUUAUUUUCUUCUAAAAUUUAAUAUAUUUUGACGUUAUUCCGACGUUAUUAAAGUUUCAACGACUGCAUAUUGGAGUAUUAUUUUAUAUUAUAUACAGCAGCGUGGACUACAAGAGUGAUGACGACCGUGAUAAUGCCGUCGUUAUUAAUUUAUUGGGGUGGCACAAUAAUGAACACUCCGGGUGGAGUAGAUUAUCAUUUAGGUUGUAGAAGAACAGCUGAACUGAGUUUGCGAAUGAGCUUUUUAGAGUUAGAGAACAUAGUUAGAAGGACAAUUGGUUUAGGUGAUGAUACUGUGAUUACGAAGAUUUACUUACGCGUACCUCAGUAUGAUGCAAAUCACAUUGUCAGUUAUUAUGCCUAUCCUAUGACAACCGAUGAGAACGUGUACAACAUGCUUUGUAAUGCUGCGAGGACCCCGAACAUGCGGGAAAUAGAGUUGUACGUAGAAUACAACACGCCAGUAGAAAUUACUGCAGCAAUUAGUGGUCUGAACUUAGUGGAAUCCGAUCCUUGUGAUGACAGUGAUGACAUUGACGAUGAUGAACGCAACUUCUAUCAGGCUGGCCCUGGGGACGACGAGGAUGACGAUGAUAGUGGAGGUGAGAAUAUAGAGGAAGCUGAGGGGGUUGAGGGUACGGCUGAUGCAGUUUGCAACGAUGGUGAAGGUACUGAAUAUCAUUCCCAAUUUCCCUACGACUACACCCACGUCAACGUCAAUGAAAUGCGGGUGAAUAUGAAUCUGUUUUCUGGACCAUGUUUGAUUUGGAAAGAAGGGAAAGAGUUUGCGAAGGGGAUGCUUUUUAAUUCAAGAUUGGCAGUUCAGAAUUGCGCAACUAGGUAUCACAUGCUGGCGAAUAGGGAAUACAAGAGUUGUCGAACAACUCUCAAAACGAUAGUGUUGGUGUGUAAAAAUAGCGAUAUCUGCAACUGGCGGUUGCGGGCGACAUGCUUAAAGAAAAGAGGAGCCGGCGAUUGGACGUUAACAAAAUAUAACGGUCCUCACACAUGUAAUCCCCAAUUUGCCUCGCAAGACCACCGAAAUUACAGAUCUGCAAUGAUUGCUGAGCAUAUUCGGUUACAAUUGGUAGCGCAGCGAAGUAUAAGGGUGAAAACGCUUCAAGCGGGGAUUUUUGAAAGGUUAGGAGUACGGCCUCGAUAUAAGAAAACUUGGUACGCAAAGGAAAAGGCAAUUGCAAAAAUGUUUGGAGAAUGGGACGACUCUUUCAAAAAAAAUUGUUAUUUCAUGGAAAACGUGUCCAUCACUAAUCCAGGAACAUAUUGGCAUGCUGAAGGUGACCCUGUCGUGCGAGACGGUGAAGUUGAUCCUACAGUCAGAAUGUUCAAGCGGAUGUUUUGGACUUACGAGCCCAUGGUCGAGGGCCUCCGCUAUUGCAAACCCGUUCUCUUUAUUGAUGGGACAUUUUUAUAUGGAAAAUAUAAAAUGGUUCUGUUAACAGCGCAAGUGAUAGAUGGAAACAAUUUCAUCAUGCCUGUACAGCAGUUUACACUGAGGAGGAAAGACCCCUUUGAGGAUCCUGCCGCUUCUAGAGGAUCUCGAGGACGUUGCCGGUCAGAAGCGCAAGAGUAUAGCAGGUGCCACUUGGAUCCUCCAGUUGUGGGCCUUAGAUAG